UCACACCAUUCCCCACCAUCAUCAGGAUGAAGAACUAAAAGACAUCAAAUGUGAGAUUAAAGAGGAAGAAGAAGAAAUGUUGAUAAGUGGACCUCUGCAGUCUGUGGGAGGGCCUCUGUAUUCCCAGAAUUCCAUGCAGGAAGAUCACACCACCCCUCACCAUGAUCAGCAUGAAGAACAUAUGUAUGUGAAAGUUGAGGAAGAUGUGAUGGGUUAUCAGGAGUAUACAGAGGAAGUUGGGAUGAUGGUGACAACUAAAGAGGAGAAAUACUCUCUAGAUAUCGGCAUAGAUGAAUCCAGUAAUCGGAACCCACCAGAGGGAUGUCCCCGUUCUCUGUAUUCCUGGGAUUUCAAAUGGGAAGAUCAUAACUAUGCACACUAUGAUCAGGGUGAUGAACUGAAAAACAUCAGAGUUGAGGUUAAAGUGCAAAAAGAAGAGAAGUCCGGGGAUCAGCAGUCUAUGGAGGGAGCUUCUCUGCAUUCCGGGAAUUUCGCACUGGAAGAUCACACCAUCCCUCACCAGGGUGAAGAACGGAUUAAUAUAAAAGCUGAGGUUAAAGAAGAAGAAGUAGAGACGUAUGUGGGGAGUGAUCAGCCAUUCACAGAGGAGGUUGGGAGGACUAUGAAGAGUGAACAGGAGAAAAUGUUACUACUUAGCGACACAGAUGGAUGUGAUGUGAGGAAUUCCUCGGAGAGACAUCUUCUAUUAUCUGCUGAUUGCAAGUCAGAAGAUAAUGUCAUCACACAGGAUCCUCCAGGAGGAAAUCCAAAUACACAAAAUAUACAUCACAGACCUUCCUGUCCGGAGACAUCAAUGGAUCCCUCGGAUCACACGGGUAAACGUCCUCAUUCAUGUGCAGAGUGUGGGGAAUCUUUCACUGGUAUAAGAGGCCUUGUUAUUCAUCAGAGAAUUCACAAGGGGGCGCGUCUUCAUUCAUGUUCAGAGUGUGGGAAAUCUUACACUCGUAGAAGACGCCUUGUUAUUCAUCAGAGAAUUCACACGGGUGCGCGUCUUCAUUCAUGUGCAGAGUGUGGGAAAUCUUUCACUAGUAGAAGUGGCCUUGUUAUUCAUCAGGGAAUUCACACGGGUGAGCGUCCUUAUUCAUGUUCAGAGUGUGGGAAAUCUUUCAUUGGGAAAAAGGAUCUUGUUGAACAUCAGAGAAUUCACACGGGUGAGCGUCCCUAUUCAUGUUCAGAGUGCGAAAAAGCAUUCACUUGUAGAAGCAAUCUUGUUCAACAUCAGAGAAUUCACACGGGUGAGCGUCCCUAUUCAUGUUCAGAGUGUGGAAAAUCUUUCAUUUGGAAAAGGGAUCUUGUUGAACAUCAGAGAAUUCACACUGGUGAGCGUCCUUAUUCAUGUUCAGAGUGCGGGAAAUCUUUCAUUCACAAACAGGAUCUUGUUGAACAUCAGAGAAUUCACACGGGUGAGCGUCCCUAUUCAUGUUCAGAGUGCGAAAAAGCAUUCACUUGUAGAAGAAAGCUUGUUCAACAUCAGAGAAUUCACACGGGUGAGCGUCCCUAUUCAUGUUCAGAGUGCGAAAAAGCAUUCACUUGUAGAAGAAAGCUUGUUCAACAUCAGAGAAUUCACACGGGUGAGCGUCCUUAUUCAUGUUCAGAGUGCGGGAAAUCUUUCAUUCACAAACAGGAUCUUGUUGAACAUCAGAGAAUUCACACGGGUGAGCGUCCCUAUUCAUGUUCAGAGUGCGAAGAAGCAUUCACUUGUAGAAGAAAGCUUGUUCAACAUCAGAGAAUUCACAUGGGUGAGCGUCCUUAUUCAUGUUCAGAGUGUGGAAAAUCUUUCAUUAGGAAACCCUCCCUUGUUCAACAUCAGAGAAUUCACACGGGUGAGCGUCCUUAUUCAUGUUCAGAGUGCGGGAAAUCUUUCACUCAGAAAAAAUACCUUGUUACACACCAGAAAAUUCACACUGGUGAGCGUCCUUUUUCAUGUUCAGAGUGCAGUAAAUCUUUCACUGAGAAAAUAACCCUUGUUAAACACCAGAGAAUUCACACUGGUGAGCGUCCUUAUUCAUGUUCAGAGUGCGGAAAAUCUUUCACUCAAAAAGCACACCUUGUUACACACCAGAAAAUUCACACUGGUGAGCUUCUUUAUUCAUGUUCAGAGUGCAGUAAAUCUUUCACUCGGAAAGGAACCCUUGUUAAACACCAGAAAAUUCACACAGGUGAGCGUCCCUAUUCAUGUUCAGAGUGCAGUAAAUCUUUCACUGAGAAAAUAACCCUUGUUAAACACCAGAAAAUUCACACAGGUGAGCAUCCUUUUUCAUGUUCAUAGUGCAAAAAAUCUUUUGUAAAAAAAAAAAAAAAUAAUCUUGUCCAACACCAGAAACAGCAGCCCAAUAUGGUUGAUUUCCAAUCCAAAAAGGUCUUCAUUGGCACCUUCACCUCAUUUGGUCACACCAUCCCUCACCAUCAUCAGGUUGAGAGAUUUCCCCCUCCUCUGUAUUUUUGGGAUUCCAUACAAGAGGAUCACGCCAUCCCUUACCAGGUUCAGGGUGAGGAACUGAAAGACAUCAAAGUUGAGGUUAAAGUAGAAAAAGAAGAGAUGUUUGGGGAUCAGCAGUCUAUGGAGGAGGGAGGUCCUCUGUAUUCCCGGGAUUCCACACAGGAAGGUCACACCAUCUCUCACCAUCAGGGUGAAGAACAGAUUAAUAUAAAAGCUGAGGUUAAAGAAGAAGAAGAAGUAGAGACGUAUGUGGGGGGUGAUCAGCCGUCCACGGAGGAGAUUGGGAUGAUUAUGAAAAGUGAACAGGAGGACAUUUCUCCAUCUAUUAACACAAAUGGAGGUGAUGUCAGGAAUUCCUCGGAGAGACCUCUUCUAUUAUUAUUGUGCUAUAGUAGUUUCAUCACACAGGAUCCUCCAGGAGGAAAUCCAAAUACACAAAAUAUACAUCACAGACCUUCCUGUCCGGAGACAUCAAUGGAUCCCUCGGAUCACACGGGUAAACGUCCUCAUUCAUGUGCAGAGUGUGGGGAAUCUUUCACUGGUAUAAGAGGCCUUGUUAUUCAUCAGAGAAUUCACAAGGGGGCGCGUCUUCAUUCAUGUUCAGAGUGUGGGAAAUCUUACACUCGUAGAAGACGCCUUGUUAUUCAUCAGAGAAUUCACACGGGUGCGCGUCUUCAUUCAUGUGCAGAGUGUGGGAAAUCUUUCACUAGUAGAAGUGGCCUUGUUAUUCAUCAGGGAAUUCACACGGGUGAGCGUCCUUAUUCAUGUGCAGAGUGUGGGAAAUCUUUCACUAGUAGAAGUGGCCUUGUUAUUCAUCAGAGAAUUCACACUGGUGAGCGUCCCUAUUCAUGUUCAGAGUGCGAAAAAGCAUUCACUUGUAGAAGAAAGCUUGUUCAACAUCAGAGAAUUCACACGGGUGAGCGUCCUUAUUCAUGUGCAGAGUGUGGGAAAUCUUUCAUUGGGAAAAGGAAUCUUGUUGAACAUCAGAGAAUUCACACUGGUGAGCGUCCCUAUUCAUGUUCAGAGUGCGAAAAAGCAUUCACUUGUAGAAGAAAGCUUGUUCAACAUCAGAGAAUUCACACGGGUGAGCGUCCUUAUUCAUGUUCAGAGUGCGGGAAAUCUUUCAUUCACAAACAGGAUCUUGUUGAACAUCAGAGAAUUCACACGGGUGAGUGUCCCUAUUCAUGUUCAGAGUGUGGAAAAUCUUUCACUCAGAAAAAAUACCUUGUUACACACCAGAAAAUUCACACUGGUGAGCGUUCUUAUUCAUGUUCAGAGUGCGGAAAAUCUUUCACUCAAAAAGAACACCUUGUUAAACACCAGAGAAUUCACACUGGUGAGCGUCCCUAUUCAUGUUCAGAGUGUGGAAAAUCUUUCACUCAGAAAAAAUACCUUGUUACACACCAGAAAAUUCACACUGGUGAGCGUUCUUAUUCAUGUUCAGAGUGCGGAAAAUCUUUCACUCAAAAAGAACACCUUGUUAAACACCAGAGAAUUCACACUGGUGAGCGUCCUUAUUCAUGUUCAGAGUGCGGAAAAUCUUUCACUCAAAAAGCAGCCCUUGUUACACACCAGAGAAUUCACACAGGUGAGCUUCUUUAUUCAUGUUCAGAGUGCAGUAAAUCUUUCACUCGGAAAGGAACCCUUGUUACACACCAGAAAAUUCACACAGGUGAGCGUCCUUUUUCAUGUUCAGAGUGCAGUAAAUCUUUCACUGAGAAAAUAACCCUUGUUAAACACCAGAGAAUUCACACUGGUGAGCGUCCUUAUUCAUGUUCAGAGUGCGGAAAAUCUUUCACUCAAAAAGCAACCCUUGUUACACACCAGACAAUUCACACUGGUGAGCUUCUUUAUUCAUGUUCAGAGUGCAGUAAAUCUUUCACUCGGAAAGGAACCCUUGUUAAACACCAGAAAAUUCACACAGGUGAGCGUUCUUUUUCAUGUUCAUAGUGCAAAAAAUCUUUUUGUAAAAAAAAAAAAA